UGCGGGCCGCGGGAGGGCCUGGCCGCUGAGGGCGCGCGGGGCCCAGGUAGCGUCUGCUCGAGCCGCAGGUCUGUUUGGCACCAUGAAGCUACACCCAGCCUUCCCCAGCUGCUUCCUGCUGACGCUGUUCUGCAUAUGGACCAUCACUCCUGAGGCUCAGCUUGUGUCCACGGGGACACCGGCCAUCAGUGCAGCCUCUUUCCUGCAGGAUCUCAUGCAUCGUUAUGGGGAUGGGGAGAGUCUCACCCUGCAGGAGCUAAAGGCCCUACUCAACCACCUGGAUGUGGGAGUGGGCCGGGAUAACAUCAGCCAGCCUGUGCAGGGACAGAGGAACCUCUCCACAUGCUUUAGUUCUGGAGACCUCUUUGCUGCCCACGAAUUCAGUGACCAGUUGAGGAUCGGAAAGAGUGACUUCCAGAAAUUCUGCCCCACCAUCCUCCAGCAGCUAGACUCCCGGGCCUGCUCCUCUGAGAACCAGGAGAAUGAGGAGAAUGAGCAGACAGAAGAGGGGAAGCCAAGUGCAGUGGAAGUGUGGGGCUUUGGUUUCCUCAGUGUCUCACUGAUUAACCUGGCCUCUCUCCUGGGAGUCCUCGUCCUGCCAUGCACGGAGAAAGCGUUUUUCAGCCGUGUGCUCACUUACUUCAUCGCCCUGUCCAUUGGAACGCUGCUCUCUAACGCGCUCUUCCAGCUCAUCCCAGAGGCUUUUGGUUUCAACCCUCUGGAAGAUUAUUAUGUCUCCAAGUCUGCAGUGGUGUUUGGGGGCUUUUAUCUUUUCUUUUUCACAGAGAAGAUCUUGAAGAUGCUUCUUAAGCAGAAAAAUGAGCAUCACCAGGGACACAGCCAUUAUGCAUCUGAGACACUUCCUUCCAAGAAGGACCAGGAAGAGGGGGUGACAGAGAAACUGCAGAAUGGAGAUCUAGACCACAUGAUUCCUCAGCACUGCAGCGGUGAGCCGGAUGGCAACGCCCCGGUGAUGGACGAGAAGGUCAUCGUGGGCUCGCUCUCUGUCCAGGAUUUGCAGGCUUCCCAGAGCGCCUGUUACUGGCUGAAGGGCGUCCGCUAUUCUGACAUCGGCACUCUGGCCUGGAUGAUCACCCUCAGUGAUGGCCUCCACAAUUUCAUCGAUGGCCUGGCCAUCGGGGCCUCCUUCACCGUGUCUGUUUUUCAAGGCGUCAGCACCUCAGUGGCCAUCCUCUGUGAGGAGUUCCCACAUGAGCUGGGAGACUUUGUCAUUCUGCUCAAUGCUGGGAUGAGCAUCCAGCAGGCUCUCUUCUUCAAUUUCCUUUCUGCCUGCUGCUGUUACGUGGGUCUGGCCUUUGGCAUCCUGGCCGGCAGCCACUUCUCUGCCAACUGGAUCUUUGCGCUGGCUGGAGGGAUGUUCUUGUAUAUUGCCCUGGCCGAUAUGUUCCCUGAGAUGAAUGAGGUCUCUCAAGAGGACGAAAGGAAGGGCAGCGUCUUGGUCCCCUUUGUCAUCCAGAACCUGGGCCUCUUGACUGGUUUCACCAUCAUGCUGGUGCUCACUAUGUAUUCAGGGCAGAUCCAGAUUGGGUAGGGCCUGUGGUUGUCCAGGCCCUGGCCCGAGGACUCUGCAUUCACAAAGCCCCUCGGAAGAGGCAGUUCUAUUCAAAACUGACACGGACUGUAUUCCUGCAUUCAAAUGUCAGCUGUUUUUAAAAUGCUCUGUCCUAGGAAUAAGCUGCCCUGGUAACCAGUCUCUAGGUCGACCUCUCCUCUCCUUUCCCUCUUUCUCAGAGUGACUCGGGAACCCGAAUAUAGCUUCGAAGACCAGCCUGUUUUCUCCGGUUAUCCUGCCCUUUCUCAUCCAACCAGCACAGAGAGACUUUGAAUCCUUUGCCCACCCAGUGGUCAUAACCUGGUUAGAACUAUCACGGGGUCAAUAUAGUUUGGGGCCCAUGAAUCUUGAUGUGCACCCUCGACAUCAAGGUGACCCCUUUAGUAGUGGAUUCACCUAUUUUUUCAAAGUUUAUUCAGUUGCCUGUUCUCUCAAAGAGAAAUGGGACAGAUGAGUGGGCAGGAGAAGCAGGGCCUGUCGUGAGUGCAGAAGUGGAGGCCACACAUGAGUCCUGUCCUGAUGGUGACUUCUGUGCAUUGGGACACCGGGUGUCACUUUUGUGGCUGUACUUGCUGACAUGACUGUCCAGGUGAACUAGCAGGUAGCUUUGGUCAUGCAGGUCUCCCCUUCUUUCAGAUUAACACAGACAGAACAAGAGGCAGAGAAGGGAGACCUGCAAGCCCUCGGUUUUGCCAUGAUUCCCACCUCCCCUUCCCCACUUGCAUCUUCUGGGAGACUUUUCUGCUGCCUCCCCCUAGAAGCACACUCUGAGCACAUUCCCAAGGCUGGUCUUGGCGGGGAGAUGGCACAAAUGGACAGCCCGGGUCAGCAUGCCCGCUGCAACGUGGCAGGUUGGCUCGUAGAACUGGAGUGCAGCUCGUGGUCUUCUCAGACAAGGGUAAUCAGGAAUGAAAUCAGUGCAGACACAGUGUAGGAUUUGUUAGUUCCUUAAAUAAAAGUACUGGGGUGCUGCAGGGGUGUGCAGAACAGGAGACCCAUGGAUUGUUCUGCGAUGGGUUUUCAGUGGCACUCUAUAGGUUACCCCACCCAAGGAAGGGCAAACCCUGUGUUGUGUUGAAUAUUAACUGCUCUAAUCCUCUUAAGAAAAUGGAUGGAUAGGCUUAUCUGUGAGACUGUAGACCAGCCUCAGGCACUGUGGAGCCCUCUCCUCGGAACUCUGGCUUCGAGGGGAGCUGAUCUCCAGGUUCACUAGGUGAAUUGAUUUAUUAUUAUCAUAUUGAUAUGUGAGUUUCUUUAGCCACUUUGGGGAGCCGAUCUCUCCAGAAGCCUUUCUUAGUGGUGCCCACAGUUGCAGCCUGGGGGCUGUGUUUGCAAUCUGACGUGUGUGUGGCUGAGCACUGGCUCGAGGCCAACACCUGCGUGUGUUUCUGUUCUUGCACAGAAGAACUUAACACUAUACCCACUAAUUAAACACAGCAUCUAUUUUGUUUUUUUUCUUCUUGGGGAACAUCCCUCAAACCAGGAAUUUUCUUAAAAAGAACAUGAGCAGGAACUCACGACUGGUGAUGCUCCUCUAAGUUUUUCUCCCAUCUUGCUUGUUGAUUUUGAUAGAUUUGAGAAUGGGCUGAAGAAGGAAAAUUCUCAGUUAUCAAGAUUCUAGAGGAAGUAUCAGGACUAAUUUCUGGUAGGAUUAUGGUCCAGUUUUACCAAAGAAUCAAUUCCUUGAAUGUUGGAAUCGAACUUUUUAUCGUGUCAUUAUCAUGAGUUACAUUUGAAAAAUGACUCUUUGUCUUUCCUGUUUUGUUUUUCUCAAACUGCUUUCAGGAGCUCCAGAAAAUAACACUCAAACUUUACGGCUUUAGAAGAUUUUGCUUUCCUUAAUUCAUAUUGAUGAUGUAUUAAAUUUAUCAUUUUUUAGCAUUCCCUAUGGAUCUGUCAUUCCUUCUAAAGACCAUUAUUCUUGGAGUAGAACAUUAAGUUAGAGUUAGUGGGCUUCUAGUUUAGGAGAAGAAUGCAAAAAUAUAAUCUUUGAUAAAGUAAAACAUGAAAAAUGAAGUAGCAGGGUGCUUCCCCAUUUUUUGCUCAUCUCUGUUAAGAACUAGACUUCUCUAGACAGUUGCCACAAAGGGAAAUUCUCUUCAAACAGUAAUUGGUCCAGAGGCCAGUCCUAGUUGGAGCUGAGGAGGGGCGGAGACUCUCAUUCAUGCAACUGAUUGUAUAUUGCUUCUGGCAGUAGAUUUGCCUCAUGAAUUGAAAGUGUAGCAAUUUCUCUUUGACUUUUAAGUGUUGAAUUUGCUGUUUUAAGCAUUUGUACAUAUAAGAAGUCUGAGGAAUGGCAAGUUUGAGGAACUUUCACCCUUGACAUUAGCAUCUUCAACCUCUCGUUCCCCAGAUGAACCAGCUCUUAUUAGCCUUAGCAAGAGAGGUGUAAGUCACAUGCAGGAGUGGUCACCCAGAAGCAGGACCUCUGCCUUCAUCACCCAUGACAUGCAAAUGGCCUUCUGUCCUUGUCCCUAAAGAUUUUUUGUGUCCAGUGUCAACCUAGGGAUUCCUCUCAUUUCUCUCUCACCAUGGCUUUGAAGAAAGCUCUGUUUGAUUUUACAAAAGAUCUGUUUUCAGUAAAUCCUUCCAAAGAGAUGGCAGAAUGCUGAAGAUCUGCUCAAAACCCAGUAAGUUGUCUGAUUUUUGCAAAAGAGGUUAAGUUUUUAUUGUUCAUUUUUCCUUUUACAGUUCUGCAAUUCCAUCACAGUAUUUUUUUAAAUAACUCAGGUGUUAUGAGAACAAAUUAGAAAAUAAAUAACUUAUGUGGACUGUAAAUGUUUUAUUUGUAAAAUUCUAUAAAUAAAGCUAUAUUCUAUAACUGUUGCAUGCCAA